AACAGUUUGGCAAGACAAAAGAAAUGUUAUCGUGCAAAGAAAAAACAAACACUUGAAAUCUCCUAAACACUUGUGAAAAUGUUGUUUCUAAGGUUAAACGUUUUGGCCAUAGUUUCAAAAGGUGCUGUAUGUUUGGUGCAAACGCAACACUGCUGAUCACCGAAUGAAUACUUUCCCUCCAGUGAAACAUGAGGUGAGCCCCAUCAUCUUUUGGGGUGUUUUUUCUUCAGUUAGAGCUGAGGUCUUAGUCAAGAAGGAAAAAAAAAUAUUAAAAGGAAGUCGGCGGAACGGUGGAGCAACUUGUUACAGCAUUGGCCUCACAGUUCUGAGGUCCCGGGUUCAAAUCCCGGCCCCGCCUGUGCAGGAUUUGCAUGUUCUCCACGUGCCUGUAUGGGUUUUUUCCGAGCACCCCGAUUUCCUCCCACAUCCCAUAAACAUGCAUUAAUUGUCGACUAAAUUACCGCUAGGUGUGAUUGUGAGUGCGACUGUUGUCUGCGACUCUUGUGAGGAUAAGCGGCUCAGAAAAUGGAUGGAUGGAUAAAAAAGUAAGUCUGCAAGGAAGUCUGGUACAACAUCCAAACUUUGAGGUUAACUAGAGGCCCCUUAGAGGGCGGCAAGUGUGUGCUGGUGCUUUAACUUGAGUUUGAACGUGAUUGGUUAAUUAUUACCACAGGCACAGCCCCAGUUUUAAGAGGGUGUGCACACUUUUGCAACCAUACAUCAAUUCAUUUAAAUUUCUCCUCUCGAAAACUCCUUUUUCCCCCCCUCAAUGCGUUGCACAGGUUGUAGGUCACAUUAAUGGUGGAAGUUUAAUUACUGCUCCGCUGUAAUUGCGAUAAGUCUUUGGACGGCCUCCCCAACUGGACAAAACAACUUUAACAGGAUAACAGUGGCAUCUAAAGGGCCUUUGACUCUACAGCAUGCAUCCCCGACGCUCCGUGUCUCGCGCAGUCCUGAGUGUUUAAUCUCACGUAAUUACACAGAUUUGCUGAGGUUAAUAAAAAUAAUCCGGCCAAAUCGAGACCCCCUACCUCGACCUCCCCUGCGCCCCCUUUACCCCUUUCUGUGAGGGAUCAAUUCCCGGUCAUAUAAAUAGUGCGAAGCCCAACUUUGAUCGAGGAGGAUUGCUGACCGUGGGGACUAACCGAAGAGGCUCCGACACGUCGACAAAAGUCCAGCGUUUUGAAAAAGUCGCCGCUUUGAACCUAACGGUCUGACGUCAUUUCCACGCGAUUGAGAUCGUGUCGCCGAUGAGCGCAUCAAGGUUAACGACAGUUGAGAGGCUCAUCUGUAUCGGUGAUCUUGUCAAUGCUACGACUUGAGCGAGAGCAGCCACGGGCGAGAGUCUGGGCCAUGCUUUAAAAGCCCAUCUUCCCUUAAAGACCACGGAGAAAUUUUCACCGAUUAGCUGAACCGUACCAUUUGUGAGUCAUGAGUGCCAGGUUUUUAAAACCAGAGAUGACGACGGAGGACCGGAGGGGCCGAGAGCGACUGGGACUGAGCUUCACCAUCGACUACCUCCUGUUCAACGUGGGAGCCAAAGAUCCCGCGGGGCAACCGAUGGCCGAGCAGAUGUCGCCCGAUGGCCACAAACCCAAAGAAGUGGUCGCCGUACAGGAGAGGUCAGCAGAGACCGGCGAAAGGGACGUCAGAGGAGAGGAGGGGGAUGGAGAGGGGGAGGAGGAGGUGACCACGACCACCACCGCGACGUCCGACAAAAAACCAAACCAGUCGUACAUCGCGCUCAUCUCCAAAGCCAUCCUGGCGUCGGAGCAGAAGAAGCUGCUCCUGUGCGACAUCUACCAGUGGAUCAUGGACCGCUACCCUUACUUCAAGAGCAAGGAUAAAAACUGGAGGAACAGCGUGCGCCACAACCUGUCGCUCAACGACUGCUUCAUCAAAGCCGGACGCAGCGAAAACGGCAAAGGCCACUUCUGGGCCAUCCACGCCUCGUACUACAAGGACUUUUCAAACGGGGACUACCACUGCCGGAGGACGCGACGGAGGGUCCGCCGGCCGACGGGGCAACCCCCCCUCUCGCCCCUCGGCUCGCCCUACCACGUUGCCCGUCACCACCGUGCGGCCUGCUGGUGCUGCCCACAAGUCCAGGCGCUUUCUUUAGCCUGUUUGGCCCCCAGACUCUACUGGCCUUGGUCCAAUGUACAAGUGUCAGAAUUUCACCCUGGUCUGCACGUCUCUGGACCUUAAGGCUGAAAC